AAAAAUUAAUAAUUUAAUAAAAACAAUAUUUAAAAGAAUGUGUUCUCUAAGUUCCUGCCCUUCCCCUGUUUGGUCUAACAAUGAAGGAAUUAAUUUGGGGGGAAAUAAUAAUGGAGAAAAGUGGCCUGGAACUUCAACAACUACAAAACCCAAACAUUCAAUUAAUGAAAUUUUGUCAGAAAAAAAUGAAGAGGAGGAACAGAGUGUUAAAAAGGAGGAAGGGGUGGAGGAACAGAAGAGUUUUGAACAAAAUUUGGAAGAAAAUAACAACAAUUUAAUAAAAUCAGAAACAAUAAAAGAAGAAAGAAGAGAAGAAGAAGAACACCCCCACCAACAACAACCGCAACUUCCCCUAAUUCCCCCAACAAUUUCAAUUCAAAAUUUGCUUCAAAAUUUUGUCCAAAAUUUAUUUUCCCAAAAAUCUACUCAACAAUUAAUCCCUCCUUCCUCAAAUAAUUAUUUUUCCCCUCCAUUUUCUCAACUACAAGAAUUACAAAAUAAUCAAAUAAAUAAUUGGCCAUCUUCUCUUUUAUUACAACAACAAAUUAUUGAUAAUAAUUUAAAUAAUUCAGUUCAAUCUCCACCCUCAACAACAAAUUUAUUAUCAUUCCCUCCCCCUCCCUCAGCUUCUUCCCAAACAACAACAACUUUUUUCCUUCCCUUUCCCCAACAAAUAAAAAUGGAAACAACACAACAAAUAACCCAUCAAAAUUCUUCCCCAUCCCCUCCAACAAUUAAUUGUUUUAAUCAGUCAAAUUCUCCUUGUAAUUUAAAUGGAGGAGGAGGGGGAAUUAUUGGGAAAAAACAGUCUAGGCCGACUUUUAGUGGACAACAAAUUUACAUGUUGGAAAAAAAAUUUGAAAAUUCAAAAUAUUUGGCUGGGACAGAGAGGGCACAAUUGGCUAAAGAAUUGUCAAUGACUGAAAGUCAGGUUAAGGUGGGCAACUUUUUUUGGAAAAUAACAAAAAAAUAUUUUUUUAACUCUCGGCCAACUAUAAAAUUUCCAAAAUCCUCCCCCUCAACUACAGUAUUUCCUUUAUUUUUCCCUUGUCUCUCUUCUCUUUUCUUUGUCUCUUCCAUAUUUCACCAAUUCCACAUUUUGCCAACAAGUGUAAAAAUCGACGUUUUGCCACAAAGUUUGUUGACAAAAUGUGUGCUUUUACCCUUUUUGGUGAAAUGUGGUAUUGGUGAAAUAUGGUUACUCACUCUUCUUCGUUUUCUCUUUCCUCUUGUCUAAAACAACUAAAAAUACAUUCAUUAUUUCAUUGCCCGUUAAAAAAAAGAAUUAAUGGAUAAAAUAAAAAAUUAAGAUAAGAAAGAAAAAAUGCGGCAGGGCAUCUGCUAUAAAUAAAUGUUGCCAAAAUAUAAAAUGUUCGUUUUAAAUCCUUAAAAAAAUUUUUUUUGUUUUCUGGUUAGCGGGGGAAUUUUUAAUUGUUUUUUAAAAAUAAAUGUUUG